GCAGUUCAUUGACGAAGAAGACUUUUUAUCGAGGAGAAAAGAAGGACGAUUGCAUCACGGCACGGUUCAUAUAUUUCUCCAGGAUUUGGAUUGGAAAGAAGCAUGGACGGCGGAGAGUCAGUGCAACAGACUCUCAUCACUUGAUGCCGAGCUUUGCGUCAUCUCUGUUCCUCCUCUCGUCCCCUCCCCACCUGCCACUUUGAAACUUUUCUUCUUCAAUCUUCUUCCCAUUCGAAGGCGUGAAGGUGAAGCUGCCCUUUUUGGAUGUUUCACGGGAAGAUAUUUGUGGGUUUCGCCCUCUUCAACCGUCACAGCUGAAGGAAAAGGAAAUGCUUAAAGAAGUCUGAUGCUUUUCGACGGUUCUGGUGUGAUAUACGACUUAGCAGAUGAGAUUUGGCUCAGUAAUGGCUGGCACAGAAAUUACUGAACAAGUGGACCAACUUAUGCUGCCAAGUCCUCCGCCGCUCACCGUCGGAAUAGCCAUCGAUGGAAGAAGUAAGAGCAAGUAUGUUGUCAGGUGGGCCUUGGACAAGUUCAUUCCUGAAGGUUCGGUUCGGUUCAAACUCUUACAUGUUCAUCCCCGAAUCACCACCGUGCCCACACCCAUGGGGAACAAGAUUCCCAUAUCCCAAGUCCGAGAGGAUGUAGCCGCUGCUAAUAGGAAGGAUGUCGAGUGGCAGACCACAGAAAUGCUCCUUCCUUUCAAGAAGAUGAUCACUCAAAAAAAGGUCCAAGCUGAUCUUGCAAUAAUUGAAUCUGAUGAUGUUGCAAACGCAAUCGCGGAAGAGGUUACAAAGUCUAAUAUCAACAAGCUUGUCGUUGGAGCUGCUUCUCAUGGGAUGUUUACGAGGAGAGUGAAGAAGCACAAUUUGACAUCUAGAAUCUCAGACUCCAUACCGGGCUUUUGCACAGUUUAUGCUGUUUCAAAUGGGAAAUUAUCAUCAAUUCGUCCAUCAGACUUGGAGUCAAAUUCAAGCAUCAGGGACGAUAGUAGCAAAACAAGUUGCUCCACAAACAGUGGGGGCACCUAUACUUCCAGCUCCCAUAGAGAUUCUCUCCUGGCAGCUUCAUAUAGCCACUGCCGUUCUUCUUCCCUGCCAAUGCAGCGGUUCCAAGCCCUCUCUUAUAUAAACACAGGCUUUCUUAACUCGGGAACGAGCACCUUGGAAGCUAAGCAUUCAAGAAGCCAGUCCGUGAUCUCAGAGGAAUUGGAUAAGGACGUUUUUAGGUCUGAUAUCUUUGACAGUAAUGUUGGGUACUCAGAGACCCAAAACUCUAGCUUCCAAAGCUCUAUGACUGAUCCACAAUCAUUCACCACUUAUCAAGGAAAUACUUCAGAUGCCCCGAGUGAUUCUCCUUCCCAUGAAAGUCGGGAAAACAUAAACUUCGAGCUAGAAAAACUUAGAGUUGAACUCAGACACGUUCGUGGAAUGCAUGCAAUAGCCCAAACUGAAGCAAUGGACGCAUCACGAAAGGCGGACGAGCUAAAUCGACGGCGGUUGGAGGAAGCAAUGAAGUUGAAAGAAAUUAAGCUGAAGGAGAGCAUAGCAGAAAAGCUAGCGAGGCAGGAGAAGGAGAGGUAUGAAGUCGCAAGGAAGGAAGCUGUACACAUGAUGGCAUCGGCACAGCAAGAGGCUUCGGAAAGGAGACAUGUGGAAAUGAAAACCUCGCGAGAUGUGAAGGAGAAGGAAAAGCUAGAGAAUGCUCUUCAUGGUCAUGUACAGCAGUAUCAGACGUUUACAUGGGAAGAGAUCGUUUCUGCUACGUCUUCAUUCUCUGAAAGCUGUCAAAUAGGGAUGGGGGCUUACGGAACAGUUUAUAAGUGCAGUCUGCAUCACACAGAUGUUGCAGUUAAAAUUCUCCACUCGAACGAGAAUCACAACUCUAAGCAAUUUCAGCAAGAGCUCGAGAUAUUGAGCAAAGUUUGGCACCCCCACUUGCUUCUCCUUGUUGGUGCAUGUCCUGAUCAUGGAUGCCUCAUCUACGAGUAUAUGGAGAACGGAAGCCUUGAAGAUAGGCUUAAGCGGAAAGAUAACACUCCUCCAAUCCCGUGGUUUGCUCGGUUCCGGAUUGCCUGGGAAGUGGCCUCUGCUCUUGUAUUCCUCCAUAACUCUAAGCCAAAGCCCAUCAUUCACCGUGACUUAAAACCUGCAAAUAUAUUGCUCGAUCAUAACUUCGUGAGCAAGAUUGGUGAUGUCGGACUCUCCACAAUGCUCCAUGCGGACUCUUCUCUAUCUAUGGACACGGGACCAGUCGGGACACUUUGUUACAUUGAUCCUGAGUACCAACGGACAGGGUUGAUCUCCCCCAAGUCCGAUGUGUACGCUCUUGGGAUGGUAAUUCUUCAAUUGUUGACCGCGAAACCUGUGAUUGCACUGACUCACACUAUGGAAAACGCAAUGGAAAAUGGGUCCUUAGUGGAGAUUUUGGAUCGCGAAGCAGGAAAUUGGCCCCACGAAGAGACAAAAGAACUGGCUUUGUUGGCUCUCAGCUGUGCUGAGCUUCGAAGAAGAGACAGACCCGACUUGAAAGAUAAAGUCCUUCCUGCUUUGGAGAGACUGAAAGAGGUUGCAGAUAGAGCCACCCGCGCUGGAAUCUCGACAGUUAGAUCUUCCCCUCCAAAUCAUUUCAUCUGCCCAAUACUAAAGGAUGUCAUGAAGGAUCCAUGUGUGGCUGCUGAUGGGUACAGCUAUGAGCGAAAAGCGAUUGAGAAAUGGCUCGAGGAGAACGAUAAAUCUCCAAUGACAAACCUGCCUCUGGCCCAUAAGAACCUGAUACCGAAUUACACACUUCUAUCUGCUAUAACUGAAUGGAAUUCUAUGGAGAAGAAUGCGCCUUUGUAGUGCCGGAUGUGAAUGAAAUCAAUCCGUUGCAUAUAUUUUAGUCGUUUGCGGAGACUCAUCUCAGGUUGCUCUUGUGAAACAAAUUAAUUAUCGUAUAUAUUUAACUUUUUAGUUUAGUUAGGAGAUUAAUUACUUUUUCAUCCUUCAAAAAGGGAAAAUUAGCUGAGGUUAAGGGUAUAUAUUGUUCCUGAUUUUGUCUC